AUGAACAGUACAUCGCCACUCUCGCAACUCUGCUCGCCAGUGAAGAUUCCGAACCCGACUCUCUUUGGCGCAGAAAUCCUCAACUUGUCGGCCAACUUGGUCACAAACUACAGUUCGUACGCCCCGGAACAGUACAAUUACAACCAUCCAUCCAUCUACGCCGACGGCCUCGACUUUUGCAACAUCACCGUCACUUACACUCAUCCCGGAGAAAAUGACACAAUCAAUGUCGAAACAUGGCUCCCGUUAAAGUGGAAUGAGCGGCUGCAGGCCGUGGGUGGCGGCGGCACGGUAGCUGGUCGCUUCAUGCUCUCUUAUAUUGUGAUGAACGGGGCUAUCGCCGAAGGCUAUGCCACUGUCACUACUGAUGCAGGCCUUCCGACUGAUCUUACUUCCCUGCACUCACCACUUUUGAGCCCCGGAAACACGCAGCUGUAUGAACAGUUGAACUUUGGCUCUGUCUCAUUGAACGACGAGGCAAUAAUCGCGAAAAGCCUCAUCAAGAGUUUUUACGGACGGCCUCAAAGAUAUUCGUAUUGGAGCGGCUGCUCUCAAGGCGGUCGUCAAGGUUUCACACUCGCUCAACGCUAUCCCACGGCAUAUGACGGCAUCGUCGCCUCUGCUCCCGCGAUGAACACGCCACGAUUCGCUCCUUCUUUGUAUUAUCCGCAACUCGUCAUGAAUCAACUCGGCCGGUAUCCCCGCAACUGUGAGCUCAACGCCAUCACCGAAGCAGCUAUUUCGGCUUGCGACAAGGACGACGGCGUUACCGAUGGCGUCAUCUCCGACCCUGCUUCCUGCGAUUUCGACCCGUUGAGCGUUGUUGGAAAAGUCUUCAACUGUUCUGACACUGGAUCAAACAUGAAGAUCAGCCAUGACGCCGCUGUGGUUGCCAAUGCUACCUGGUCCGGACCGUUCUCGCAUUUGGAAAGACGUAUCUGGUACGGAUUGGAGAAGGGUACCAUUAUUGCAGGCUCAAAUGGUGAAACUACCGGAAUUGCCUCCACUACUUGCAGUAGCAACGGAACAUGCACCGGAACCCUAAACCAAGGCAGCUCUUACCUGCAGGGAUAUGUCGCUAAAGAUCCAAUAUUCGACGUCACAAACGUCACUUUGAAAGAGUACACCGACAUGAUCCACUUUGGCAUUCAGCAGUUCGACGCAUUUACCGGUUCGAACGACCCGGAUUUGACGGCCUUUCGUGAGGUGGGCGGCAAAAUUCUUUCCUACCACGGUCUUUCCGAUCCGAUCAUUCCUCCAGGUGGCUCAAGGCACUACUACGAUACUGUUUCCGAGGUCAUCCCAGAGGUGCACGAUUUCUACCGCCUUUUCGAAGUUCCGGGCCUCAGUCACUGCUCAGGUGGCAUGGGAGGCCAACCCACUACCAUUUUUGACCAAAUGGUUGCGUGGGUCGAGAAUGGCACGGUACCUGACACGAUCCCUGUCAACUUCAAGGACGGCCAGGGCAAGACUCAGAACCGGAUCCUGUGCCCGUACCCGCAAAAGGCGCAGUUCAACUCUACUUGUGGCGACAGCUCCAAGGCAGAGUGCUUUCAUUGCUCAGAAAGCGCUUAA